AUCAAACUUCAAGCACUUUCCCUUUACCUUGUAGAGGAAGAUGGCGAGAGUCAGAGUUUGGAUUUAUGCUUCAGCAGUGUUCCUGACCACGAUAUUCGCUGAUCAGAAUGUGAAACCCAUGGCAGGAGUCUUUUUUAUACAUGUACUAGAGAGGGACUACUUUCAAGCAGGGUUUCGUUCGUUCCAAGAAGCAAGUGGUAUCAUCACCAGUAUCCCCAUCACUUUCAACACCAACCUCCAUGACCACCCUGACCGCCCUCGCUGGCUUCGUUUUAUACAGCGGACUGAAUACCAUGAUGGAAUUCUUUAUGGAACGCCAACCAUGAAAGAUGUCGGACAGAAAAUAAUUGAAGUUACUGCUGUUAAUAGGAAGACAUUUGAGACAUCAAGGCAAAACGUCAUCAUUAAUGUUGAAGAGCCAGGAGGGUUGAAAUUGCCAUACCAUGUUGAGUUCUAUGUGGAAAACAGAAAUGUGGAGGAAGUAUUGCCCUUGGAAAUGCAACAAUAUUUCCAGGACAGAGCGGCGAGCAUAUGGGGAUCAAACCAUUUGACCAUGAUCAACAUCACUUCAGCGCUGGACAGAGGAGGCCGGGUUCCAUUGCCCAUUGAAGGAAGGAAAGAGGGUGUGUAUGUAAAGGUUGGUUCCAACUUGCCCUUCCCUUCUUGCCUGGAGGAGGAAGUACUUGGAGGAGAACAAUGCAGUGACCAAUUCGGACCCAGCAACUGUGAAGACACAUUUAGUCCUCAGUUCAUUAUUGAUUGGUGCAAUAUCUUAUUGAUCGAUAAAUCUAAACCAGAUUCCCCAGAGGUCGAGGUGGUUCUUGGGGACGGUAUCCUUACAGAUAGUGGAGAAUACGAUCCUCCCCCCGAUUUCCUUGAAGACAGAGACUACUAUUUGGACUAUGUGGUCACAAUAACAGUCCCUUUAGUAAUUGGUCUAUUUCUGUGUCUCAUCCUUGCUUACAUAAUGUGCUGCCGUCGAGAGGGAGUGGAAAAACGAGAUGCAAAGACUUCAGAUAUUCAACUUGUCCAUCACCAGUCGAUUCAGGAUGAUACCAAUGAACUCAGGAACUUGGCUAAAAGCAGGGAUGGCUUGCGACCUCUAUCCACUCUCCCCAUGUUUAACGCCAGGACUGGGGAAAGGGUCCCCCCACGAAUCCCUUUUAAUUCUGACACAUCCCGAAUUCCUCUUAUCAUGGACCAGCAGGAACAACACAGUGAUCCUUAUCCCAGAAUCCAGCCAAAGGCUCAACAGCAAAAAGUUAUUGGUAAAUGAAGUCUUAAAGCAAAGUUGCUGACUGGAUGUUAAUCAAGGCACCACUCGUUACGAAAAACAUUCAUAGUUUUAGACAAAGUCAAGAUGGAAAUAAAUGUAAACCUUAUUUUACUGUCUUUUACCAAUCAUAUCUAAUGUGUCUUAUGAUUAUUAUUGACAUGUACACAUUUAAUUCUAAGCAAGCUGCAUUAAUUAAUAAACAUAAAAAUCACAUUAUGCAGAAAUCACAAUGUGCCAUUUCAUCCAAUGAAUGUGCCACAAAAGCAAUUCUUUGUCAAAGUGUGAUGGGCUUUCAUCAGUAAAUCAUCAUAUGUAUUAAGUAUUAUAACACCAUGGUUUAUGUGCUAUGUGAAAAACAUAUUAUAAUUAUAUGUGCAUUAUUACUGAAAUAAGGGGUUUACUUACAAGGUAGUUUUUCACCAAAGUGACCUAUUCACAGAUUUAGUGGUUUGUGUAAGUUAUCUCUGAAAUUUAAAAAGGAAUAGAUGCUUUUACAUUUGUUAUUCUGUGCCAUAGAAAUAUUAGAGUCUAUGCAUUAACUUUUUGAGUUUAGCACUGAGCAGAAACUCAACUUGUGCUGAUGAUAUUAGUAGCAUCAAGACCAUGAACACUAUAUGGAUUUAAAAGCUUAACAAAUGCUACGAUGUAAACAUUUUGCAGCGAACUACUGAGAAGUAAAACAUGUUCCAAAAAUGUUUUUUCACAUUAGGAAUGUGUUUUUUGCCGACUCUGUAAGAACAGAUAAAACUUAAUUGCUUUUAUUAUGAUAAACAUAUGUGUAUCAUGGUACCUAUUGCUCACAGGUACAAACUUGUUUUUGCAUAUGCAAAACACAGUCUGUCUUUAUUCAAUUCUUGUGAAAUAUAUAUUUUACCUUG